AUGCCAAGUAGGUUGAGAACUGGGAGUAUGUCCAAGAAAGAAAAACAAAACUUAGUAUUGUCUACAUCAUUUACAUCUACCAGAAAAAUAGACGAUAUCCAUUCGUCUCCUUCUAGUCCACUCCAAUCAAGACGAACCGCAAAUAACGUUAGUAGAAUGUUGGCAAACGUUAAAUCAGAAAUAAACCGUCUGACUGAAGAACUUAAAAGGAUACAGAGGAAAAAAGAAGAUGCAGAAAAAUUAAGAGAUACAACUGGCAGUAAUAUAUACAGUGGGACAUAUUCCACGGAGCAUUUACAAAAGCAUUCUAUACGUAUUAAAACGAAUACCCAAAUCCGAGAAUUUGAUAAAACAAUAAAGAAACUAGAAAAUGAGAUUCAAACUUUGACAGAAAAGUACGAAUCUGCGAAACGAUUACAAACCAUAGAAAAAAUAUCGAACUCUAGCGAAUCAGUGGCAGUAGGCAAUAUCGAAGAGUUGAAUAGUAGUAACAAACAGAUAGAUGAUGACUACCGAAGAGAACCAAUCAAAAACACAUUUCAUAACUACGGGAAUACAUCCAUAAGUGCAGAUUCGACAAUAUCUACAUUGGAAACUGAAAGUCGAUCAAGAUCACGUACACCAAUUGAUGGUACAAUAGAAAAUGGAACGUGGAGGAUUAGUGAUUAUAUGCAGAGCCUAAACGACCCUUCGAUUUCUUCUGAUUAUGUCCUUCAACAGUCGAACAAGUUAGUUGACUUAUUGAAAGAGUUUCCUGUGCUUCGACAAGACUUAGUUUUGACCUCAUUUUUGAACUCCAUCCAAGAUCUUUUAUUACGUGACGAUAAAAUAAUAUCAUCAGCAGCAUACAGAAUAUGCCGUUAUUUGGUUGAUGGCGACGAAUUUAUACAUGAUCUUUUUAAGAGACACUUAGAUAUAUUUCUCAUUAUGUCUCUGGCUAAGGAUAACAACAAUAUUAUAGAACGAGAACAAACCAUAAAGCUGAUUCGUUUACUAGCCGAAUAUAAAACGGGAAUAACGAAAGGUAUAGUCCAAGCUGUGAUCAGUUGUGUAGAGAAGUUAGAUGAUAAUAUAAGAACAGUAGCAAUUGAGACCCUACUAGAACUUUGUUUUGAACACCCUCAGUUGGUAAACGAAUGUGGAGGUAUGCGAGUACUAGAGGGCCUCUUAAAGGAUUAUUCAUUAUUCUCUAUGGCCUCACUAAUAUUAGACACCAUCCUAGAGCUAAUGGCGACACAUAGCACUAGAAAGUAUUUUCUAGAUGAUUUUAACAUAUCUGUGCUGGCAACAGUUUUUUCUGAUUUUAAUGGUAAAGGGUCUAUCAACACUGAAAAACUUCAAAAUUCUUCGGCGUUAAUAUCUAGAGCGUUCAAAAAUGACAAUGGUGUAAUGUUAUUUUCUGUAGAUAAUUUUAAACCGAUUAAAGAACUUUUGGCGUUUAUUGAGGUUCCUGUAUGUGCGCAGUACUUGGUGGACAUAUUUAUGGAUGUUUUACAUAUCAAAUAUCAUAGCAAACAAAAGGGCAAAAAAUACGCUGGUCAUAUUGAACCCUCCAAUUUCUUGCAUGAAUCAUCAUCAUUUAAUCAGAGACUGGUUUUAAUAGUAUCCAUUCUAGAUAAAUGUAAUUUCAUAGAAUUGUUAUCUCGUUUGAUUGAUAUGCCAAAAGAAGGUAAACUAAAGGAGAAAUUGGUUAAAAAGGCUAGAUAUUUACUUGCUGAGUAUACUAACAUGAAGAAUAAUUUAAUUCGAGAUGACAAUUACUCUGCUUAUAAAAGCUGCGCCAAGAACAAUUCUACAGUGUUUCAAAAAUCAUAUAAAUUCCAGAAGAUUAUUCAAGAUAUGAAUAGAGGUAGGAAUACCUUGGGAGUUCGACAUAUAGAUUAUAACGAACAUUUAAGAAAAAAUUCAAAAAUGGUCAAAGAUGCACUGCUAGUAGACGACGGUGAUGACCUCAUAUUUAGGAAGAUGGUUUAUGAUACUAAGGUCCUACAAACAAAAGAUUUCACCCUAUGGAAUUGGAAUAUCAUUCAAGAAUUACUUGAAGGUCCACUAAGGCAACCAAAACAACUUGAAGAAUUAGUGAGAUCAACUAAGUUUAUCAGGAGACUUUUAGUCUUUUACAGACCAUUAAGGCUCAGAUUUUCUGAUGUCAACCAAGGUUCUAGACUUGCACAAAAAUAUAUUCAGGUUGGCUGUUCUUUUUUCAAAAUGUUAACUACAAAUACAGAGGGUAUGAAAAUAUUAGUAGAUGAUACCAAAAUUAUCCCACAGUUGGCAUCAUUGGUUUUUAAAGCAAUUGAAGAAGGUUCAUCCUCAAACAUUUUCAAUGAGAACUCUCUAAAAGUAAAAAUCAUACCUGGUUACUUCAAGUUUAUUGGUGUUCUCACCCAAUCAUCAAAUGGUAUUAGCAUAUUAAUAAGAUGGAAUUUUUUUACUGUUAUUUAUAAGAUGUUCCAGUUCGAUUCUCGUAUUGGAUUGAAAUUUUUAUUACUUACCCUUCCAGAGCUAGACUUAAAACACUCUUCUCAUUGUAGAAAUAUCAUGGGAAGGGCACUUGUUGUGUCUAAUGAAAAUGUCAGAAUGAGAGCAACAAAACUGUUAGGUGAUCAUCUGAAGGAGAGCUUACAUAUGCACAAUGAAAACACUAUUCUUACAGAAACAAAUAUGAAUCUUGAACGGUACAUGUUCGAAAUGAUAACAAGACAAUUAUAUGACUUAAGUCCUAAUGUUGUUGCAAUUGCGGACCAAGCACUCUACGAAUAUAUCGCGGAAGGUGAUAAAUCACAAGAAUUAAGCACUUCUCUUAGAACAAUUUUAAACCAGAUGGUAUUUAUUAGUUCUCCCAUACUGUUUGAAUUAUUAAGUAGACCGUAUGGGUUCCAUCUUUUAAAUGAAAUAUGUUUUAUUGAAAGCCAGCGGAAAUCGUGGUUAGCAACCAAGAAUAAAGAAUAUGUUGAUAUUGUAGAGCAAUUCUUAAGAAAUACUGUAUAUAUACCUCAAAAUGAUGACAUAGACAGCAGUUUCAUUAGCACAGUAAAUCGUUUACCGUUACAUUUUUACGAAAGUCUAUCAAGAACAGAAGAUGGUAUAACAUUAUUGAGUCAAAGCGGUGACCUUGUUAAAUUUAUGAAUGUGAUUAAAAAAUAUGUGACAGAAGGAAUGAAAAAUGAAAAUCCAUCUGACAUUCUAGAUUUGAAAUCAGCCAUGUGGUGUUGUGGAUUCAUUGGAUCUACAGAAUUAGGUAUUGGUUUACUGGAUAAUUAUUCUCUUGUUGAUGAUAUUUUACAGAUAUCAUAUGGUGCAAGCGUCACAAAAGUUAGGUUUACAGCAUUCUAUGCUCUUGGUUUAAUUAGUUCUACAAAAGAAGGAUGUGAAAUAUUAGAUGAAAUGGGUUGGAACUGUACAGUUGAUAUCCAAUAUCAUCCUGUUGGUAUCACAUUACCAAAUAGAUUGGAUAAGUUCUUGUCGUAUAACGAGAAAGAAUGGAUAAUUGAAAAGGAAUAUAAGAAUGAAAUGAUAAAAUUCAAUAAAGUGAGUGGUGAAAUACUUGGUGAGAUUAUUCCUGUAAAGAUUGAUUUAAAUCAUUUACUUUCGGAAAAGAAUAUCAUCGAGAAUACGAACAAUGAAACUGAUCGAAUUACUCGUUUAUCAUUCUCUGAACAAAAUGCCAAAUCAACCGAAGCACUUAUAGCUGAUGUUAACAAAGAGACAAAAUUUUUAAGAAGUCGUGCCAACACAAUAUCAAGUUUGUUAUCAAAUAGUCUUGAUGGUAGCAUAACUGAGGAGAUCAUGGAAUCUAUUAGUAAAUUAGGGAACCAUAUUUUAUCAAAUGCAGCCAUCAAGAACAUUACUGACAUUAAUAAUAAAUAUGGCCCAUCAUUAUUUGAAAGAGAAAUAAUGGUUACAAAAGUGCUAGAUAUGUUAGAUAAGUUUAGGUUUAAACCGCAAGUCCGGAAAUUCCUUUGCGAGCUAUUUAUAAAUGUUCGUGGAUUGGAGAAUAUAAUUAGACAUGAUAGAAAGUCACAGAUCAAGCCCGAUGAUAACAAUAAAAGAAGUGAACUGACCAAUUCCAUUUCAAUGCCAUCAUCGCCAUUAUCCAAUUGA